AUGAAAAGAGAUGCAUAUGACAAACGGGGUUUUGAUCCCAUCGACUAUAUGAAAAGAGAUUCAGACGAGAAACGAGGUUUCGAUCCUAUCGACUAUAUGAAGAGGGAUCCAGACGAAAAACGGGGCUUCGAUCCGAUCGACUAUAUGAAAAGAGACCCAGAUAUGUACUAUUUAAAACAUGGGCCUGAUCCAAGUGGCUACAUCAAGAGAAUUGCCUCAUUUUCAAACAGGUUUGGACAUCUUCGAUAUCAUGGACGACCGUGA